UCGGCACCUCCCUGCCCCCGCUCUCCCAUUAUACAUACUCGGUAUACCAUGUAAGAGGCAUCAAAUGCAAUACACUACACAGGAUUAGACGACUGUUCGUGUUAGAGCCAUGGAAAAAAUUGUUGCUGCUAGUGAUGCUCAAGAGAAGGAGGAUGAGCAUUGCUUGUACGCGCAAGAACUCAUGUUUGCCUACAACCGCUCCAUGGUCCUGAGAGCGGCGGUCCAGCUUGGUCUUCUCGAUGCGCUCAGCGCGGCCGCUGGAAACGCGCUGACCGCGGAUGAGCUUGCCGAGAAAAUCCAGGCCACGGACAAGGCCGAGGUGGCCGUCUCGGUGGAUCGGAUUCUCCGGUACCUCGCAUCCUUCGAUGUGGUGAGGUGCUCCACCGAGACAAGCCCCGACGGCGCACUUCUCCGGCGCUACAUGCCAGCGCCGGUGUGCCGGUGGCUCACCAGAAACAACGGCGAGGGAUCGCUGGCUCCCUUCACUGUGUUCGUUGUCGACGAGGACCACCUAUUGCCCUGGCAACAUAUAGCGGCAGCGGUGACUAGUGGCGGGCCGGCGCCGUUCGAGAGGGCACACGGGUUGCUCUACUUCGAGUACAUGGGGAAGAACCAGCGGCUGGGCGCGCUGUUCGACCACGCCAUGGCGCAGCAUUCAGUGAUUCUGGUCAGCAAGAUGCUCGAACGCUUCCAAGGAUUCGACGGCGUCCAGCAGCUCGUCGAUGUCGGUGGGGGUGACGGAUCCACCCUGGGGAUGAUCACCUCGCGGUACAAGCACAUUAGGGGCAUCAACUAUGACCUGCCUCAUGUCAUCUCUCAGGCCCCAUCUCUUCCAGGCGUGGAACAUAUAGCUGGAAAUAUGUAUGAGAGCGUGCCUAAUGGAGAUGCAAUUCUUUUGCAGUGGAUGCUCCUUAUGUUUAGUGACGAAGACUGCAUCAAGAUACUGAAGAAUUGCCACCAAGCUCUCCCGAAAGGCGGGAAAGUGAUCAUUGUGGAUGGUCUCCUGCCGGAGACCCCAAAUACUAGUCCAGCUGCACGGGAUUCAUUCACCAUGGAUAUGAUCAUGUUUGUCCUCUUCAAGGUAGGAAAACAGAGGACGGAGCAAGAGUUUGCAAAGCUUGCCAAGGAAGCUGGCUUUACCGGUACCUUUCGGUCGACCUACAUAUUCUUGAACUUCUAUGCUCUUGAGUUCAAUAAGCAGCUAUAUACCUAGAAAACAGUAUGGUCUUGAAUAAGAGUUGCUAGCUCGCGUGUGUAUACUUAUGUCUCUCUAUGAUAUGUUUCUAUUCCCAUGUAUGUCCCUAUUGUGUUGUGUCCUACAGCUAAUCUAAAUGUUAAUCUUCGGUAUACCAUAUACAUGUGCUCAUGGUCUCUGUUUGGAUAGACACUACUCUCUCUGUCUCUAAAUAUUUAACGCCGUUGAUUUUUUUAAAUAUGUUUGACCAUUCAUCUUAUUCAAGAACUUUUGUGAAAUAUGUAAAACUAUAUGUAUACAUAAAAGUAUAUUUAACA